GUUUUACCAGGAGUAAGUUGCAGUCUCAUAAAACAAGAAGAACAAGGCAAAUAUUACAUCAAUAUAGACUCCUCAUUUAAAAUGUUGAGAAGCACCACCAUGUAUGAGGAGUUGAGGAACUCAAGAGAUUUCUCACAAUUGGAAGGAGCCAUCGUUAUGACUGUCUACAAUUACAAAUUCUAUAAAGUCAAUAAAGUCAGCAGGGAGAUGAAUCCAAAGAGCGAAUUUGAAAAUUUGAAAGGAGAAAAGAUGAGUUACAUGCAAUAUUACUAAGAUAAGUAUUAAUAGAAUAUCAAUAUCAAAGGUACAAGAUUGCCAUAAAGGAUGUUACCCAACCAUUGAUUGAAGUCUUAGAGAAAUCAAGAAAGAAACAAGAAGAGAAGAUCAUCUACCUAAUACCAGAAUUGUGUGUCAUGACUGGAUUAUCAAAUGAAAUGAGAAACAACUUCUAAACCAUGAAAUAGUUAUCCACUGUCACCAAACCCAGAGGAGUUGAUAGAGUGAAAUAGGCAGAUCAAUUUAUAUAGUGUUUUCACAAUAAGGAGAGUGAAGAAUUAAUAAAGAAAUGGAAUAUUCAAUUGGAACCCAAAUGCUUGCAGAUUCAGAGUUCCAAAAUCAAACCAGGAAAUAUUAUGAUGGGCAACAACACCUCCAUCAAUAUUGAAACAGGCAAUUUAGAUAGAGACACUCAGACUGCCAUGUUGAGAGGAGUGGGUUUGGAGAAUUGGGGAAUCUUGUAUAGUGACAGAGACAGCAGAUAAGCUGAAGACUUUAUGAGUUGUUUGAGGGAGAGCAUAGAAUAUUGUAAGUUUUAAUGCAAAGCUCCUCGUACUUUUGUGCUCCAUUCAAAUAGAAUUGAAGAUUGGAUUAAGUAAGUCGAUUAAAUUGUCCAACAAUCAUAAGGACCAUAAAAAGUAACCUUGCUCUUAUUGAUAUUGAAUGGUCCAAAGAAGAAUGCUCCACUCUAUACAGACAUCAAAAGAUAUUUGAUUAAUGAUUGUCCAAUAGCCUCCUAGGUUAUCUUGAGUUCCACUUUAAAUCAACCCAAAGGAAAAGUGAAGACUAUUUGCAAUAAGUUAUUGGUUCAAAUUUGUGCUAAAGUUGGAGGAACACCUUGGGGAGUCUCAGAAUUGCCAUUUACUGAUCAACCAACAAUGAUAUGUGGUAUGGAUGUGUAUCAUUCUACUGGCAAAGCUAAGAAGUCUAUGUUAUCAUUCGUAUCUACAGAAGAUGAAUUCUUUAGCAAAUACAUGACCUAAUCAAUUGAAAUGGAAACUGGAGUAGAAUUCUCAUUCAGUUUGUGUCCAGUCUUAGUCAAAUCCUUGCAAUCCUUCUGUGGAGACAGGAAUGGUCCUUUGCCAUCCAGAAUCAUUAUAUUUAGAGAUGGGGUCUCUAAUUCUUAAGCUAAAACUGUCAUUGAGACUGAAGUAGCCCAAUUCAGAUAAGCCAUAGAGCAAGUCAAAACAGAAAAGAAUUCUGACAAACCAAUCAAAUUGAUAGUGUUAUCAGUCAAUAAAAAAGUAGGGGCUAAAUUUUAUGCUGGAGAGAGGUUAAUUAUUAUCAUUAUUAUUCCCUUAGAAACCUAGAUAACCCUCCUUAGGGUACUUUGAUAGAUACUGAAAUUAGCAAUGGAAAAGACGAUUAUUAUCUGAUAUCACAAAGAACAACCUAAGGAACUGUGUAACCCACUCAUUAUCAUGUCUUAGUGAAUGAUUUAUGCGAUGAACCUAAUAUCCUGAAGAAAUUGUAGGCCUUGUCUUAUAAGUUGUGCUACAUGUAUUACAAUUUCAGUGGAGCCAUCAAAGUAAUUGUUAUUGUUUUAGUAGAUACCUGCACCUAUCCAAUAUGCUCAUGUUUGCUCAAAUUUUAUAGGAGAUAGAUUCGAUCCCAGAAAACCCCAGUCCUUGAUUAAGCCAAAUCCCAUAUUGAAUCAGAGAAGAUCCCUCUUCUUCAUAUGA